AGCAUGCAACGCAAUCAAAUCCACAAUAUAAUAUCAUUAAUGUAAUAUAUACGUGUGAAAAUUCAAUAAAACUUUCUAAUUAUAUUGAAUUUUUAAUAGAAAUGCAAACUACUAAUUAGUCUUGUCUAUUAAAGCCGUAUAAAAACUUGCACACCAGAUUAAAAAUUUUUUCAUUGAAAACAGUCUGCUAUCUGUAAACGUGUAUGAAUGUAUAUACAUUGUUAAAACCACUAUAUCCAUUAGACGUUUCGGCUAACUGUUAAUUGACUGUCAUAAGAAAACAAAUAAUGGAUGAUGAUACUAUAGCAUUUGGAGAAGAAAAUGAAGGGAAAAAUCAAUUUAUGCACCCAUAUGUUACUUUAUUCCAUCUGGCUUUUCGAGUAUCAGCCAUAGUUGUUUAUAUGUUUUGUGGAAUUUUUACCAGUGGUUUCAUAGUAAGCUUUGUAAUUGUAGUUCUUCUUUUGUCUAUGGAUUUUUGGACUGUCAAGAAUGUAACUGGAAGAUUAAUGGUUGGACUUAGAUGGUGGAAUUAUGUAGAUGAUAAUGGAAUUAGCCAUUGGGUGUUUGAAUCAAGAAAGGGUGCUCAUCAGAAUCGAAUAAACCCUUCAGAGGCAAGAAUAUUUUGGUUAGCACUGAUUUUAUCACCUCUGCUGUGGUGUAUAUUCUUUUUGAUUGCUCUAUUUGGAUUGAAUCCAAAGUGGCUACUUCUUGCUUUGAUUGCCAUAAUUUUGAAUGGAUCUAAUCUUUAUGGAUACGUAAAGUGUAAAACAGGAGGAGAUAAAAAUAUUUCUUCAGCCACAUCAGAAUUUUUCAAGAAGCAAGUACUGCAAAAUAUGGCUUCAAUGAUGACUAAAAAUUCAAAUUCACCUUCUAGAAAUUUUAGUGAUACUUCAAAUGUUAUAUAAAAAAUAUAAAUUACGAUUUAAAAAGAAUGUGAUGUGCAUCUAGUUAUUUACUUAUUUAUAUAAAUGUAAAUUAAAUUAAAUUAAACAUUCAUAUACAAUUUUUCAUAAAGUAACGUUUUUAAAUAA